UGCGCAGUAGUAUGAAAAAGUUAACUCUGGACUUAGUCGGAGAAUUUCUGCAUUAAGGAAAAAGAAAUCGAGGCGACCUCGAAAUGGCUUUCCGAAGAAGAAACAAAAGUUACGCUUUCUUCAGUCAAGAAUUUCUCAUUCAGAAUCAUGCAGAUAUUGUAUUCAGUCUGGUUAUUUUCAUCCUGAUCGGACUGAUGUUUGAGGCAACUGCAAAAACAGCCAUCGUCUUCAUUCAGCCCCAGUACAACAUCAGCAUACUAUCCACAGAAGGGGAGGUCACGCUGUACCACUACGGCUGGAAGGACUGUGGCACCAUCCUCUUCUAUCUCUUCAUCACCAUCAUCCUGCACGCCGUGGUGCAGGAGUACGUGCUGGACAAAGUCAACAGGCGCCUGCACCUCUCAAAAAGCAAGAACACGAAAUUCAACGAGUCGGGACAGCUCUGUGUGUUCUACUUAGUGUCCAGCAUAUGGAGCCUUUAUGUCCUCUGUACGGAGGGUCAUCUGCUGCACCCGAGCAGUCUGUGGGAAAAUUAUCCUCAUGUGCAUCUAAGGUUCCAGGUGAAGUUCUUCUACCUCACUCAGCUGGCCUACUGGCUCCACGCCAUCCCAGAGCUCUACUUCCAGAAGGUCCGCAAGGAGGAGAUCCCCAGGCAGCUCCAGUAUAUCACCCUAUACCUGCUACAUAUCAUGGCUGCCUACUUGCUAAAUCUGACCCGUGUGGGUCUGGUACUGCUCUUCCUGCAGUACGUGUCUGAGCUGGGCUUUCACAUCUCCAGACUCUUCUACUUCACAGAUGAAAAUCAUCACAAAAUGUUUGACCUUUGGGCAGUAGGGUUUGUGUGCACACGGAUGGUCACUCUAACCCUUAUGUUUCUGGCGGUUGGCUUUGGUCUCUCCCGCGCUGAGGACCAGAACUUAGACUGGGAGGCAGGCAACUUCAACACGGUCUUCAUCAGGAUGACGGUGCUGUUCCUGGUGUGCUUCACUCAGUCCUGGCUGCUGUGGAAGUUCAUCCGCUUCCAGCUGCGGCGCUGGAGGGAGUUCAGGCUGGAGCAGGCAGCCCGCAAGAGGGCGGCCGCCAAACAGAACCCCUCGCGCUCGCUCAAGAGAGACUCCGUGGGUCACCAUGAAAACGGACUGGUGAAGGCGGAGAACGGGACCUCCCCUCGGCUGAAGAAGAUCAAGGCCCCUUAACCCCCCCCCCCAGGUCCGGCCCCCUCCUCUUGGCCACUGUGUCCUCUCGCCCUUACCCACCCACCCACCCCACUCAACUCCUCCUGGGUCCACGCCUCGCCUUGCCUCGUCCACUCUGGGAGCCGCCCACCUGGGGCUCCUCCAAGGAUGGCAGCGGGGACAUUCAGAGGGGCGUCAGACAAGAUCCGUUACGUGAAACGGGGAAGAAAAGCUUCUCUAGGGAUGUAGCCCCCCCUCCCUGUACGCGCACACACACACACACACACACACACACACACACACACACACACACACACACGGAGAAUCAUAACAGACAAUCAGUCUGGACUUGGUCUUGUUUUUCUAUCAGUAUUUUUGUACGUUUGUUUUGGUAUAAAACCGCGCUCAGUGCCUGUCUGCAGUUCUACAUCAUUGGACUUGCUCUCGUAUCAUUUUGUUCAUAACAUAUAUUCUAGGUGUCUAUUUCCUUGUCACUUUGCCCCGGCUUACGGUCGUGUUUAUGUCAGUCAUGUGUCUUGCUUGAGGCUGCAUGGUUUACCUAUCCAGGGGUCAGGUGCUAUGGACCACUGGAGAUGUACUACGGUGGCCCUUGAAUGACGGACAGAGCCUGUGCCCUCAUUUGUUGGACGGCCAUGCCUGACCGUUUUGUCCCCUGGUUGUGGCCAAGUCUCAGUCUCCCGCAAAUUCCCUAGCAACCCAUCAUCAUCAUCAUCGUCAAACUUGGAUCAGCAAAAUGCAGUUCUUUUAUUGCGGUGUUAAUGGAUUGUAUGGCAAUGCUUUAUACAUUUUUUUUAUAUUAUUUUGGCCUAAUGUAUGUAGAAACCAGUAUCAGAUCAUAUUGUACAUUUAUAUUGUCAAACAUUAAUUUGUUAUUAUGUGAAAGGAAAAAGAAAAAUUCCAAAUAACUUUUUUUUGUUCUUCUGUUUGUUCUAUGAAAAUGUGUGGAGGU